AGGAUGAAAAAGAGACAGUCAUAAGGCUUACUUCAAAACUGGGAAAUGGUCAGGAAAACUGAAGAUGAGGCACCCUCUGGUAGCCCCAUCAAGGGUUAAGAGAGACGUCAGCUGAGACGGUAGCAGUGAAGAACCUUUAGCCAUUGGCUCCAGGGAGGUUGCUCAAUGUGUUUGCCGUGGCUGGGAUCCAAGAGAUCGAAAGGACAGUGAGGAACAGAAGGACUCCAACCAGAGGAGAGGCAGCUGCCAGAAGCUGCCCUGGGAUGAGGGGCAGAUAGAGGCACCUGCCUGGGAUCCUGAACAAGUCAGGCCUUCCACAGCCUGGAAGGCUGUCUGCUCGGCGUGUUAGCUGCUGGUCAAGUGCAUCUGGCCCGAAAACAGCAAGUGUCUGAAACAGCUUGGACCUGCCGGAGUCAACGUGCUCGAGCCACGGAUGCUGUAAGCUGGGAGCCGACCGAAGAGUGGGAGAACUCCAGGAUUCCUCCCCAGAAAAGAGCGUGCGCGCAGGCAUGGCCGCGGCAGAGCCCCUGACCGCCUUCUCCCGCUGGUACCUCUACGCCAUCCACGGCUACUUCUGCGAGGUGAUGUUCACGGCCGCCUGGGAGUUCGUGGUCAACUUCAACUGGAAGUUCCCGGGGGUCACCAGCGUGUGGGCGCUCUUCAUUUACGGCACCUCCAUCCUCAUCGUGGAGAAGAUGUACCUGUAUCUCAAGGACAAGUGCAACAUUGUGGUGCGCUGCCUCAUUUACACCCUUUGGACCUAUCUCUGGGAGUUCACUACCGGCCUCAUUCUGCGCCAGUUCAACGCCUGCCCGUGGGACUAUUCCCAGUUUGAUUUUGACUUCAUGGGCCUCAUCACGCUGGAAUACGCCAUCCCCUGGUUUUGUGCUUCGUUCAUCAUGGAGCAGCUGGUGAUCAGAAACACCCUGCGCUUACGGUUUGACGAGACUGCUGAGCCGGGGGCCCCCACUGUCCCCGUUGCCUUGGCCAACGGCCACGUGAAGACUGACUGAGCAGUGACUCAGAGCCGCUCUUAGCAGCCGAGGGAGCCUACACCUCUACUACAGACUGUCAGCGCGGGCUUUCAGGGACUGCUCUUUCCUGUAUGAUAAGAUUCAUAAGCCCCAUUUUUUUUCUAAAGGGGGUAUGCAUGGGAUAUACCAGAAAAAAAAAAAUGGAACCAAUGGAUUUUCUAUGGAUUUUACUCUUUGGGCUCCAAGGACCAAUGUCAGCUACUUGUUAGUUAGGUUAUUUCUGAUUUUAAAUUAUUACAGAUGAAAGCAGUUCUUUCGCUUACAUGUAUGUGGAGAGAGAAGAAAAAAAUGCUACAGUGGAAAUGCAUACAAAAAUUUGAAAAAAGUUACUGGAUGGGCAUGGACAUGCCAGCUAAGGUAACGAUUGGCUUACUCUAUUAGGCAAUAUUCAGGUGCUUGCUUGCAACCAAUACCUCCCACAGGACCUGAGAUGCUGCAGGACCAAGGAAAAUCCACGUGCUGAUGAGAAGAGCCGGAGGAUGGCAGCGAGCUGGGGAGGUAGAUGGUGCUCCCCGUUACAGGUCCCCUUGGCCUCCCGCCAGGUUCUUGGUUUGCACCACAUGUAGUCUGGUGCUGGACAUCUUGCUGAAUUUAUACCAGUCUUGUACUUUUUGAAGUCUCUGACCUGAUGCUCACUAGAGAAGUCCCUUUUUUUU